AUGCGUAUUCGGGCAUCCUCCGGGGCGGGGGGGGUGGGCCAACCCGAACCUCGCCUCUCUAGAGAACUGGAGCCCUUGAAGCGCGCCAUCCUCGAAGCCAAAACCGAUGCGGAGUUGAUCGCCGCGUUGAAGCUGGUGAAGGGGGAGGACGAAUGGGAGGAGCAGCCAGACCUCUACGACUGGUGCGAUGUGCUGGACCGAAUGGACGAGACGCUCGAGACGAACAUGCUCCGCCACCCGUCACUGCUGCUCAUCCAGCCCGCCGACCACCAGCAACAGAAGAAGCUCCCCGCCGCUGGUGCUGGUGGGGGCGGGGAUGCUGGCGGUGACGGUAGCGAGGACACAGCGGUGGCGGCAGCGGCGGCGGGCGAGGUGGUGCUCUGCUGCCUGAACUUUCUGGCGGUGUUGAUGAGAAGUUGCGUCAACAAGCACGUCUUCAGCUCGGCCGAGCACCUGCGCUCGCUGCUAGCUGCUGGGGAUGACGCGGUGGCGGAGAGCGCGUUGCGAUGUCUCAUGCUGCUCACGGUGCCGCCGCUGCUUCACCGGCAUCAACAGCCGGAACUCCACAGCAUGUGCUCCAUCCACAAGGAUAAGGCGGUGUCAGCGGAGCUCAUGACCCUAUCCGGCGGGUGGGGUGGGCGGGGUCAGGGGUUGGGCCUGCUGGCUUGCGUUACGGGGAGAGUUGAGGGCGAGGCCAAGGGCACGGACGAGGCUGCUGCUGCUGCUGAAGAUGACGCUGACGGUGCUGAUGACGGGUCUUCUCCCUCCGGAAGCGGGCAGGGGGGGGAGGCAGGGGGGAGGGAAAAAGAGGAGGAGAGCAACCGCGCACCGUCGCCCGGGGGGUACACGCGUUUCAGGACGAUAUUUGUGAGGCCCUCAUGGCGUACAUGA